UCAAAAUGGCUGCAUUUCAAAGUUGACUUGACUAAGUUCUUCUAUUCAAAAUGGACGAAGACAAAAACCCUACAGACGUUGAAACUACACCUAAUGAAUCACAAGGCAUUGAACAACUGCCUGACUUGCCUUUUCCAAACCUAGAAAGUGAACUGAUAGAACGUUUGUCGAAACAAGAAAACCAUACCCACACAGAUGUUGACGACGAAGAGGAAAUAGAAUCCAUGGAGUACGAGGGUGGACUUUCAGAUGAUAUGAUAGCUGACGGUCUGUCACAACUCGGACGUUCAGCGGACGGAGCUAUGCAAGUCUAUCUCACUAUUUUUCUACCUGCUUGCGAGCUGACAGGCAUUGAGCCGCUUGCAGAGUAUACAAAUCUACAGAGCGUGACAUUGUCAUAUAAUUCUUUGACAGACCUUACACCUCUUGGAAGCAUGACAAACCUUAUAUUUCUUGAUGUCUCACAUAACAAUCUGACAAAAUUACUGGAUUUCAAACCACCACAAGCAUUGCGGCAUGUGAAUUACUCUCACAACAAGAUAUCAGAGCUUCCUGACCUGUCASAGCAUCAGUCACUCAUCAGUCUCAAUCUUGAUUAUAAUUUCAUUACAGAGAUCAAAGGUCUUCAGGGCUGCUUUAAUCUYAAGAACCUCAGCUUAAUGCACAACAAGAUUGAUAAGAUUGCUCAGCUUGACAAUCUCCCAUUGCAGUCAUUGAACUUGAGUUAUAACAAAAUCAAGAAAAUAGAGAACUUAGAAACACUAAAUUAUCUACAAAGUAUUGACUUAGCUAAAAAUAGUAUCAGAAGUAUGAAAGGUCUGCAAAACCACACUCUCAUUCAAGAAGUGAACCUUGAAGAAAACCAGAUUAUUGAUAUUGCAGAAGUACGGUACAUCAGAGAGUUGAAACUACUGAGGAACCUCAACCUACUUCACAAUCCAAUACAGGAAAUGCCAGACUACAGGUUGUCACUCUUAUUUAGAAUCCAGUCCCUCACYGAAUUGGACAAAGCAGCAGUCACACCAAAGGAAAAGGURGCAGCUAUCAAUCUAUUUAACCCCCCACAAGAAGUGAUUGCUGCACGUGAUCACAUGCUUCAUGUWGUAAGGUCACUACUUGAACCUAAUACAAUACAUGACAGUACUCUACCAAGUGUUGAUACGCCAUAUCCCAUGCUGAUACUGUGUGGACCAAGUGGGGCAGGAAAAAAGCUUCUUGGGAAAAGACUCUGUCAGGAUUUUCCAGAUUUCUUUGGUUUAGGAAUUUCGCACACUACUCGACCUCCGCGCAGUAAGGAAGAGAAUGGGGAGGACUAUUUCUUUGUCAGUAAAGAUGAAUUCGAGGCGGGCGUCAUGUCGUUAGCUGCUGUACUACACAUGGAGUUUGAGGGUAUGCUUAGUUUCAAGAAUACAUACUUUGAGCCUCGAUAUAUUUUGAUUGUUCCUAUUAAUCGCCAGUUUCACCAGGAAAGAAUGACUGAUAGAGGCUAUUAUACUGACUCACAAAUACAACAUUCAUUGGACCGUGUGGAACUUUAUUUGUCAAAGCAUAGAGAUUGUCCUGGUUUCUUUGAUAUGGCCAUAAAUUCCGAUUAUCUAAGUGAUGCCUAUAAGCGACUAAAGCGUUUGAUCGUUGAAUACCUUGGAAUGUCCCCUCCCCCUAGUACCGAGAUGCAUCAGUACAGCACCAGUGAGGGGUCACUCUACACCGAGGACGAUUCCUAYCAUGUCGGUCUGAAGUCUGGUACUAGCAAUACGAGUAUGACACUACCAUUUAGGACCUGGUCUAGACCUUCAGCUUCAUCAAAUGCUAAAAAGACAUCGAAUGACACGGAGAAGACUCCAGUGGAGCGGUUGUCAUUUGUGCGUCGACAAAACUUGGCCAAGGCUGCUGUGGCUGGAAUUCAUGUUUUGAGUCAUGAGGAUUUAAACAUGUCAAGGUACGUUAACUCUGCCGGGUUUCGUGACAGCRCAAAACAUGGCCAAAAGCGUGCGUCGUCRUAUCCWCUAGGGUACGACGCAUCAUUCGUCUCUCUGACUGUCAACGCAAGCAGCGGMAAUAAGCAAACGGAAUCAACAGAAUCUGUUGACUCGGAAGAUGAAGARGAGACGAAUACAUCGUCUGUGAUGUCGUCGGCUCGAGCGUAUUCUGAGAGAUUCGGUACCAACUCUCCUGAUGACGAGACUGGCAACACGGGCAAUACCCUCGACAUACUCACGGUCGAGUUUGGCUCGCAAGCAUCGGAAUCAGUUGCUCUGUCCGCUGGUCUAGAGCAGUACCAAGACGCGAACUCGAUAUGAUGUAGUUUGCCCCCAACUUAUGGCGUACUAUUACGAAUUAAAGAGCGAGGUUUUGGCUUAUGGUAGGAUUGUACACAUGGUUUCCUACAGCGUAUUCGAAUGACUAUGUUUUAGUCUGUUCUUGUACACAUAGUCUUAGCUACAUGGUAAUAUUUUCACCUUCUAUAUUCAUGGUACUUGUAAAAGCCAUAGUUAUCAUUUGUAAAUAAUUAUUUUACAUGUAAGCAUUAAAUGUAAAUAUUAAAUUUCA